UGCCAUCACAUCGUUGCUGAGUUCUCGAUUCACAAAUCUCACUGAUACCCUAAAAGUGCUGAAUGUGACUUACCAGAGAAUUUCAAACACCUCCUAUGCACUCAUCUUCAACAUCAGCAUCAGUAAUAUUAGCAUUUCAGAGAACCGUGAAAUUGAGAACAACACCUACAGUCAAGUGGAGAACGCCAUCAAUAAUGCCCUAAACACACUGCUCAAUGCACCUAAUGCAGAUCCAUUUACACCCAAGUCCUCCAACUACACAUUAUCAGGAAAGCAGAUUGGAGGUGAAAUUGAGUACAGCUUUCAAAAUGGAGAUACUAAAAAUCCAGUCAACUAUCUCAGUGAGCUCCAGAAACAAAGCGGUAUUUAUACAUCAGGUCCUCCAUCAACUUCAAGCGUUCCACUGUUGUCUUCUACAGCCACUCCAAAAACAACUACUGGUUCAGCUAUGGUGCAGGCCAGAGUGGUCUUCAACUCCUUCACUCCGGUUCCCAGUGAGAGUUUGGCCCUCAGUGCCAUCACAUCGUUGCUGAGUUCUCGAUUCACAAAUCUCACUGAUACCCUAAAAGUGCUGAAUGUGACUUACCAGAGAAUUUCAAACACCUCCUAUGCACUCAUCUUCAACAUCAGCAUCAGUAAUAUUAGCAUUUCAGAGAACCGUGAAAUUGAGAACACCUACAGUCAAGUGGAGAACGCCAUCAAUAAUGCCCUAAACACACUGCUCAAUGCACCUAAUGCAGAUCCAUUUACACCCAAGUCCUCCAACUACACAUUAUCAGGAAAGCAGAUUGGAGGUGAAAUUGAGUACAGCUUUCAAAAUGGAGAUACUAAAAAUCCAGUCAACUAUCUCAGUGAGCUCCAGAAACAAAGCGGUAUUUAUACAUCAGGUCCUCCAUCAACUUCAAGCGUUCCACUGUUGUCUUCUACAGCCACUCCAAAAACAACUACUGGUUCAGCUAUGGUGCAGGCCAGAGUGGUCUUCAACUCCUUCACUCCGGUUCCCAGUGAGAGUUUGGCCCUCAGUGCCAUCACAUCGUUGCUGAGUUCUCGAUUCACAAAUCUCACUGAUACCCUAAAAGUGCUGAAUGUGACUUACCAUAGAAUUUCAAACACCUCCUAUGCACUCAUCUUCAACAUCAGCAUCAGUAAUAUUAGCAUUUCAGAGAACCGUGAAAUUGAGAACACCUACAGUCAAGUGGAGAACGCCAUCAAUAAUGCCCUAAACACACUGCUCAAUGCACCUAAUGCAGAUCCAUUUACACCCAAGUCCUCCAACUACACAUUAUCAGGAAAGCAGAUUGGAGGUGAAAUUGAGUACAGCUUUCAAAAUGGAGAUACUAAAAAUCCAGUCAACUAUCUCAGUGAGCUCCAGAAACAAAGCGGUAUUUAUACAUCAGGUCCUCCAUCAACUUCAAGCGUUCCACUGUUGUCUUCUACAGCCACUCCAAAACAACGUAAGAUUAUUUCAGACCUUACUGGUUCAGCUAUGGUGCAGGCCAGAGUGGUCUUCAACUCCUUCACUCCGGUUCCCAGUGAGAGUUUGGCCCUCAGUGCCAUCACAUCGUUGCUGAGUUCUCGAUUCACAAAUCUCACUGAUACCCUAAAAGUGCUGAAUGUGACUUACCAUAGAAUUUCAAACACCUCCUAUGCACUCAUCUUCAACAUCAGCAUCAGUAAUAUUAGCAUUUCAGAGAACCGUGAAAUUGAGAACAACACCUACAGUCAAGUGGAGAACGCCAUCAAUAAUGCCGUGAGUGUCCAUGCUCGAUGCUCGUCGUGGUGGCUGUAG